AGCUAGGAUCAGAAAGCUGCCAGAGCUCAGCAGCUUUUCCUCUCUCUCUGAUAAUGGAGGUCCUGGAAGAAGAUAAACUCUGCUUUCCCCAACUCAACACCUCCUGCAGGAAGACAAUGCUUCCUCACUGGGAGGCCACGCUCAUUUACAGUCUGUUGUCCUGCAUCACUCUGCUCACUGUGGUUCUUAACCUGCUGGUCAUCAUCUCUAUCUCCCACUUCAGGCAGCUCCACACCACCACCAGCCUCCUCAUCCUCUCUCUGGCUGUGGCAGACUUCCUUGUAGGUUUCCUGCAGAUGCCAGUUGAAAUCCUCCUCUUUAGAGGCUGUUGGUUCCUGGGUGACUUUAUCUGUGCUGUGAAUUGCUUUUUAGCUUUCGUUGUUGUCAGUGUUUCAGUAGGAAACAUGGUGCUCAUAUCAGUUGACCGCUAUGUGGCUAUUUGUGACCCCAUGUUUUACUCCACCAAAGUCACCAUGAAAAGAGUUCAACUCUGCAUUUGUCUGUGUUGGAUAUUUUCUGCUCUCCACAGUAGUUGGAUACUGAGGGAUUUAUUGAAACAACCAGACAGGUAUAAUUCCUGUCAUGGAGAGUGUGUAGUUGUAAUGAAUUAUGUUGAAGGAGCUUUUGACCUUGUUGCAACUUUUUUUGGCCCCAUUAUUGUCAUCGUAGUUCUGUAUAUGAAAGUAUUUGUGGUGGCUGUGUCUCAGGCUCGUGCCAUGCGCUCCCACAUUGCAGCUGUCACACUGCAGCAUUCAAAGACAAUAACUGCUAAGAAAUCUGAGAUGAAGGCAGCCAGGACUCUUGGUGUUGUUGUAGUUGUGUUUCUUCUCUGCUCCUGUCCAUAUUAUUGUUUUACUGUUUCAGCUGAGAACAACUUGUUAGGGGCGUCAUCUGCAGCCAUUGAGAUUUGGUUGUUGUAUUUCAACUCCUGUUUAAACCCUGUGAUCUAUGCCUUUUUCUACCCCUGGUUUAGAAAAUCUAUUAAACUCAUUGUUACACUUCAGAUACUGAAGCCUAGCUCCUGUGAGGCCAACAUACUGUAGAGAAAGACUGUGAUGGAGUGACCAAAAUCAUUCUCCUUUCUUUCUCUGUGAAGGGGAAGUUAUUUUUUAUGUAAAUACACUGAAUUUAAUUGUCCUAAAAUCUGGACAAUUAAAUCAAAUAUGGAGAAAAUGACUGUAGGUAUUGGUAGAAUACAAAACAUUUUGGGUCUAUCAGAUAACCUGAUUCUUUCGUUCUUUGUUUGCUUUUGACUGCACAUGUAUAUUUUCUGUGAUUUGGGUUCAGUCAUCCCAUUAAAAUGACUGAAACCAGAAAAUCUUUUCUUUAAAAAAAUAUUGCUUUCAUUAUUUCAAAAACAAAUAUUCUCUUCACCGUUAUCUGUUUAUAAUACUAGGAAAUACCUGUGAUAAAGCCACAUGCAUUGCAGCUUCUACUGGCACCUUUUUUAUUCCAGUUAAACCACAGUGAAUCGCUGUUGCUAACUGAAAAGCAGUAUUUUGUUU